UCACCGUAGUACUCCAGUGUGGCGAAGAAGUUCACCGGCGGAGAAAACCCCUUUUUCUUGUACCGGUGCGCCGUGCUGUAGCAGGAUGAAGAUCCUCAUUAAAAUUGCUGUCCUUACAGCCAUAUCGCUGUGCUUGUUCAGUUUCGUCAACAGUCAGGCAUCCAAAAAUGCCCGAGGUGGACAGCAAUCGCUCUCGGAGAAGGUCCAGCAAAUGCUGGACAUGAACACCAAGCGUCCGGUGCUGCGUUUCAAUGGCAAUAAGUUCCGCGACUUUGUCAAGUCGCCACCCCGUAACUACUCCGUGAUCGUCAUGUUCACCGCAAUGGCCCCAGCGCGGCAGUGCGUUAUCUGUCGUCAUGCGCACGAUGAGUACACCAUCGUGGCCAACUCAUACCGCUAUUCGCAAACUUACUCCAAUAAGCUCUUCUUUGCCAUGGUCGAUUUUGAUGAAGGCUCGGACGUGUUCCAGAUGCUGCGCCUGAACACGGCGCCCGUUUUCAUCCACUUCCCGCCCAAGGGUAAACCGAAACCUGCCGACACGAUGGACAUCCAGCGCGUUGGAGUGUCCGCGGAAGUGAUUGGCAAAUGGAUCCAGGAGCGCACCGACAUCCAAAUCCGUAUUUUCCGUCCACCAAACUACUCCGCGACCGUAGCGAUCCUGAUGCUGUCACUGUUCGUAGGCGGAUUUCUGUACCUCCGAAGAAACAACCUAGACUUCCUGUACAACAAACAGAUGUGGGCACUGAUAGCGGUUGUGUUCUGUUUCGCGAUGGUAUCAGGCCAAAUGUGGAACCACAUUCGCAGCCCACCGUUUGUGCACAAGAGUCAGAAUGGAGGUAUUGCCUACAUUCACGGAUCAUCUCAGGGUCAGCUUGUGAUUGAAACCUACAUUGUGAUGUUUUUGAAUGCCAUGAUCGUCCUCGGAAUGGUUCUCCUCACUGAAGCCGGUUGGCAAAAUGAUCACCGUAAAAGCAAAGUUACGGCAAUUGUUGGACUGUUUCUCGUGGUUAUUUUCUUUUCGCUCAUACUUUCUAUAUUCCGCUCCAAAGCGCAAGGAUAUCCUUACAGCUUCCUUUUCAAAUAAAUGGAAAUUUAUCUCACAAUUCAUCACACCACGUGUGAUCCUAAGGAGCAUAUGGUUAGUUAUGUACGACAGUGCAAAGUGUGAACAAUUAGAAAUCUUUAAAUUCGGAACCAAACGAACUCCUCUCCCCGCGAUGAUUGAGGUUAACGAAAAGGUAGGA